GCCCGCGAGCCUAGUGUUUGACAUAAGCGUACUAAAGCUGCGUUUGUAUUACAGGCUGUAAGGACAGGAUGGGUAGUGGGCUCAAUGUCCUGUGACGUCACGGGUGUCUUUUUCUUGGCUCAGCAAUCUUAAUAAAACCUUACAUGAACAGGCUAGGCAAAAAUGUUAUUAGUAACAAACUGUGGGAACUAAGGCAAAGUGGAAUUAGUUAAAUAUCAGCUGUAGUAUAUUUGACCUUGUUUUUUGAUUAGCCUUACGUUAGCAGCACUGCAGAGAGAGAGAGAGAGACAGAGAGAGAGAAGCCGAGUAAGCUCUGUGGCAGCGUCUCUCUCGCUCCCUCUCACGCACGCGCACGCACACAGUGAUACGGACACACGACUGGACGCAGGUGGUAACCCUUGUCGGUCGCUUGACAACACUGACACCGACUUAUCCUGCUCCCUCGCGGACAGACAGUUUUGGGUGUGUUCGGUUAUUAAAGCAGAGGAUGAAACCUGUCCAUGUUCCCGCCGCGGUGGACAAAGCUAUGAGUCACUGGCUGCUUUUCGCUCUGCUCGGGCUAUGUGCUGCAUUUGGGCCAAGUAAACAAGAAGAGGAAGACUACGAAGACGUGCCCAUUAAUCGGACAUGGGUCCUGUCACCAAAGGUUUAUGAGAGUGAUGUAACGUUGAUCCUGAAUAAACUGCUGCAGGGCUACGACAACAAGCUGCGCCCUGACAUUGGAGUGAGACCAACAGUUAUUGAAACAGCCGUGUAUGUCAACAGCAUUGGACCAGUGGACCCCAUCAACAUGGAAUACACCAUUGACAUCUUCUUUGCCCAAACAUGGUACGACAGCCGUCUGAAGUUCAACAGUACUAUGAAGGUGCUUAUGCUCAACAGUAACAUGGUAGGCAAAAUUUGGAUUCCUGACACAUUCUUCAGAAACUCCCGAAAAUCAGAUGCCCACUGGAUCACAACUCCCAAUCGCCUCCUGAGGCUUUGGAGCAAUGGGAGAGUCAUGUACACGUUGAGGUUGACUAUUAAUGCGGAGUGUUACCUUAAGCUGCAUAACUUUCCAAUGGAUGAGCACUCAUGUCCCCUGGAGUUUUCAAGCUAUGGUUAUCCGAAGAAUGAGAUCAUGUACAGGUGGCAAAGACGAGCAGUAGAGGUGGCCGACCAGCGCUACUGGAGACUCUACCAGUUUGCCUUUGUAGGGUUGAGGAACACCUCAGAUUUAGCUCACACCCAUUCAGGGGAAUACGUCAUCAUGACAAUCUUUUUUGACCUGAGUAGAAGAAUGGGCUAUUUCACCAUCCAGACUUAUAUUCCCUGCAGUAUGAUAGUGGUUUUGUCCUGGGUUUCCUUUUGGAUCAACAAGGAUGCUGUCCCAGCUCGCACAUCUCUAGGUAUAACUACAGUGCUCACCAUGACAACUCUGAGCACUAUCUCCAGGAAGUCCCUGCCUAAGGUUUCCUAUGUGACUGCCAUGGACCUCUUUGUCUCUGUUUGCUUUAUUUUUACCUUUGCGGCCCUCAUGGAGUACGGCACCCUGCACUACUUCACCAGCAACAGACAGACUAAGAAGACCAAGGCCAAUAACACACAGCUACUACAGCUAAAAGCAUCUAGCAUGAACAUUCGACCUGGAACCUCCCUGCUGCAAAUGAACAACAUUACUUCAUACCAUGAAGAGGACGACUAUGUACACGAGUGUUUAGAUGGAAAGGACUGUGCCAGUUUUUUCUGCUGCUUUGAUGAUUGCCGUUCGGGUGCCUGGCGUGAAAACAAGAUGCACGUACGGGUUUCCAAGAUUGACUCUUAUUCACGGAUAUUCUUUCCCACUGCUUUUUGUCUUUUUAACCUGGUUUAUUGGGUAGGUUAUCUGUACCUGUAAAAUCAGUCAAUUUCAAUGCAGCCAGCAGAAAUUUGACAUGUGCAAAUGUUUUACAGAAGAAGAGCUGCUCUUGUGGAAAAUCAGAGCAAUGAAGGAAACAGUUUUACCCAAAGAUAAAAUGUCAAUUUCAACAACAAUGACUUUUUUCAUGCCAGCACUGGGAAAUGACAAUUAAGUCACAUUGGAAUUCCAAAUUCUGAAGCAACAGCAUUGUUUCAAUUCCCUUUAUAAUGCAUACAAUAGAAUUAAGAAGUGUGAAAUUAAUUAUAAAGGGAAUGGAAUUCUUUAAUUUCUCACAUUCUAUGAAACAAAAUACCUCUGUAUGCAGAUGAUAUUGUAAAUACAUUUUCAAUUAUUUAACAUUCAAAGCAAAGGUAGCUAAUGUAGGUCAUAUACUACUGAAUAGAAAUCAUUUUAUUAUUUAAAUAUACGUUUACAACAGCAAACAAAUAUCACUGACCAUAUAAUAUCAUAUCCAUGUUGGAAUUCAAUUAAUAGUUCCAGUUAUUCGGAUUCUCAACUCAAACAGAAAAGUGUUUCUGUUUUAACAGAAAGUCUGAAAAGAAGAGAAGACAGAAAGGUUGAGAUGUCAUGCCGUAGUUUUACUUCUUGGUGAUGCUGCAGUAAUUGUUGUUUACUAACAAAAACAAUCAUUUACACAUAGUGUAGCAAAACUAUACGUGUGUACAAACCCAAAAUCUGCUAAUUAUUAUUUUUUUAAACAAGAGAAAAUGGACUGAAAAGAAGAUACAUUAGGUUCUAUCACAGCCAGAAUUUAAUAUAUAAAUAUAUACAUUAAUAUUCCCUAAUAUCAGAGUUUAAGCCUCAGUAGAUCGGCAUUAAUUCCUUUUUCAGGAAGCAUUUUUGAUGGCGAUCAUAAAUUUAGCAACUGCCACAACGGCAGCUCAGAUUCUAAACAUAUAUGUACAUUUGAAGUCAUCACUCCACACAGGAGAGACAUUAAUGUCAUCUACAUAUUAAUCAUUUACAUGUAGCACCUGUUAAAUUUACUUACAAAUGAUAACCUCUAUAAACAGUUUGUAGCUUCCCAUCAGUAAUGAAGUUUUUGGAGGAGUACCCAAGCAGCUUUUUGUUUAUUUUCAAAAUUCUAUUGCAAUUCCCAUGAACUGCAGAGUUUAACGCUGUUCGUGUAGCAGUCUGGGGGUGUUGUAUUUUACAGAGAAGAACUGUGCCAGGCAAAUUGUUGUCAUUGCGAAGGCAUUAUAUCAGUCACUAGUUAUGUUGUCAUUCAUCUCUGAACACUCCCAAGACCAUGGAAGUCCAAGAAGUCUACACUCCAAAGCCUUUGCAAAUUUGCAAUUGGACCAGUGCCAUGUCAGCAUUUAAAACUGAACUUUAAACGUGCCAAGUUAAUAGGUUAAUUUACAAAAAAAGAAAUAAAAAAAACAUGUUGGUAUUGUAAAAGUGAAAAUAAUCAAAUUUUUUUCUGCAAGUAUCAAAAUUCUGGAACCAAUGUUGGGUUGAAGCCAUUGUGUGUUAACUGUCUUGUUGAGAGUUUUCUGAAGCCAUGUAAGUCUUUUGUUUUUGUAACGUGUCUCUAAACCUUGAGGUCACCUAUUCCUUUUGUGAUACUGUUAAGCUUUCACUUCCCCAUGCAUGCAUUAAAAUGUACCUCUACAUUUUUCUUGAAUUUCUGUUAUGUGCAAAUGCCUUUGAAUGAUUAUGUAUUCACUUCAAGUGAAUAAUAAAAAACAAAAAAUAUACCUUAUAUAUAUAUAUGUAUAUUUACAUGUUUUUUCAUUUCACUCAAAACUUCAUUGUACAUUGAUCUGCCUUUAUGGCUUUAAGUGAAACCUCUGAUGAGAUGAAACACUGCUUGAAGAAUAGAUCAGUGGUUCCCUAACCAUUUUGACCGUGCAACCCUUCUAUAUGCAAAAAUGUAUUCAUAGUUUAACUGAAUUAAGUUUACUAAAACUAAACCGUUCAAUGAGGUUGAAGCGUGUCAAACAUAGUAUGUUUUGGUUAUGAGCAAAGGUUACUGUAAGAGUUGAAGAAAAUCUAAGUAUGGCUUUAAGAACUUUCAUCCACUUCGAAAUAUUCCCAUUAUGGUAAUAAGCUAAAUGAUUUCAGUUGUUUCUGAACAGGAUUGAACAUAGACGAACAUAUCAUUUUAUGAAUAGUUACUCAAUUCUUGUUGCACUGUCUUUGCACUUCUGUUUUGACCCCUUUUAUUACAAGUAGAAAUUAUUUUAAUUUUUCUCUUGGUUCCAAACACUUGACUUUCCCAACACAGAAAAACCCAGAACAUUUAAUAUAGUUGUAUUUAUUCAUGUAACAUACAGGGCUGCAUGUAACAUACAAGUUAAAAUGUGCCAGUCUUUGUUUAAAUGACAGAAAGGAGAGGUCAAAGAUGCCGAGUGGAAAUCUCAGCCAAUUGUGUGCGCAUGGCUUCAGGUUGUGGCUGG